CCGCUGGUGGGCGUGGUGGGGCCGGCGUCGUCGUCGGUGGCCAUCCAGGUGCAGAACCUGCUGCAGCUCUUCCAGAUCCCGCAGGUGGGCUACUCCACCACGUCCAAGGACCUCAGCGACAAGAGCCGCUUCAACUACUUCCUGCGCGUCGUGCCCUCCGACUACUACCAGGCUCAGGUCAUGGUGGAUCUGGUGCGGCGCUUCAACUGGACCUACGUGUCGGCUGUCAACACGGAUGGUAAGGCCAACCACAUUGUUUUACUUUCGCGAGACACACUUCUUGUCGGUGAGUUCGACGGCUGGGCGGACCGCGCCGACGUGACGGACGGGCUGGAGGCCGAGGCGCAAGGCAGCGUGUCCAUCCGCAUCCACUCGCCAGACGAGACCUCCUUCGACGAGUACUACACGCGCCUCUCGCCCUUCAACAACACGCGCAACCCUUGGUUCCGCGAGUUCUGGCAGUGGCGCUUCAACUGCGUCAUGCCCACCGAGACGGCCAACGCCAGCGACGGCCACCCGGGCGCCGGGCCCGGGGCCGGAGCAGGGGCAGGGGCCGGCGCAGCGGCGGGGGCUGCAGCCAGCGCGGGCGCGGGCGCGCGCGCGGGCGAUGGGAAGGAGAAACUGAGCGAACGCUACAAGCCUGAUCCUAAGCUGUCCUUUAUCAUCAAGGCCAUCUACACAAUGGCGUACGGGUUGCACAGCAUGCAGCAAGCUUUGUGCGGUCCCAACGUCACAGUUAAUAAUUUGCUUCUUUUUCCCUCGAAUUAA